UAUAGGUGUACUGCUGUAAGGUGUGCUCCGACUGUAUUACGCUUACAGGAUGGCUGCCUGUAUCUAGCCCGACAUCACUACAGAAAGGAGAGGUCCAUGUCAGUCACAAGCUUCAGUGCCCCCAGCCCCCCUCUCACCAGCAGCCUACUGCAUGAGGCAAACUGCCGCCACCCCUACAAAUCCAAUCCGACCAGCUCCACCCCACUGGCUGUGAGUGAGCGUGUGGUCAGGUCUGGUUGCUAGGCGACGGUACACAAGCCAGGGAGCAGGGGAAAGUUUUUGUGCAACUUUCCUGCCCGGUGGAUGUAUCACAAUGUCAACCAACGUUUCACCAGGAUCUGUACGCAUCUCGCCUCUGUCACACAGAAAUGGGGUGCUAACUAGUGAACCAAUAGACGGGGAACAGAGUCGUGAUUUGAGCAAAUUGAAGGAUAGAAUAAUCUCAUUGGCUCCAAAACAAAUGCUGCCGAACCCAGAAGCCCUGGUAUUUACCCAUGAUACAAGGGCACGGGCAAACACAAAAAAGAGACAGCAUGCUAUCAAAUUGGAGCCCCUGCCUGUAUUGAAAGUAUAUCAGGAUCACCAUCACCCUGAAUACAUAUAUCAGAAGAACAGGGAAGAUCUUAUAAGUCGAGGCGUGCCUUUGCGCCCAGUUUCUGCAGAGAAGAGACUACGAGCCAUCUCAUCAUCUGCAAGACUUCCUGACCUGCCAGAUGGCUUGAAAGAAAAACAGUUACGGCUGGGCUCUGGUACUAUGUCUCCUACACCACCCAAACAGCUAAGGACAUCUCUUUCAAGGUCUAGUCUGAAUAUACACCUUCCUUCUCCUCAAUCUUUUGUUUUUGAGACUGCGGAAGACGUCAUCAAGGCUAAUAUUAAAGAUCCUCUGCAAAUCAUCAACAUAAUACUGGAAAACAAAAAUGUAGGCUUCCUUUACAUGACUCCUGCUGUUUCCAAGUCUUCAGUUGAAUAUGACCCAUAUAACCUAAGAAUUGUAAACCACAAAAACAUCAACAAAUAUGACUACUACACCAUAAGUGACAGAGGAGUCACCCAUAUACGUAAUGGAGAGGUUCUAUUCCUGGAACUGGGGCGCUGGAAGCAGGAAUAUCUUUACCAUAGAGCACUGAAGCAAAUUCCUACUUUUGCCUUCUUCCGAAAGUGGAAAACUUUCACUGUAUGGAGAAAAAAUGUGCGUGCCAAGAAAAUCAGUGAAUGUCGCAAGGCCCUGCAGGAGAAUCUGUUUAUUGUUAAUGCAUCAUUGUGUCCUGCUCUCCUCAAUAUACAAGAAAUGUGUUUUCGAAUCAGUGACAUGGGCCUGUGCCGCAUUGAGAAAGGCUACACCUACUCUUUGAAAGAAUUCAUAGACAAUCAAUUUAAACAGCUGGAAGAGGUUGCAAACCGUUUAUCUGAGUUCCGUGAUUUAGCUAAGGAAGUUGUCAGGAGUGCUACUCGAACAGCUUUGUUGGAAGCUGACUUUACACCAGAUGACUACAUGGAUGAUUCAGAAAACCCAGACCUAAUAAAUAUGAAACCAGGACCUACAGUAUCUGAUGUGCUGAUUCUAUCUCAUUUUGAUGGAAAUUUUUUUGGAGAAUCCGCUGAUAAAAUGACUUACACAGAACAGGCCAACAAGAGGUCACACUGCAGACGGCUCACGUGCUUUAUUCGAUUAGCUGAUUACUUGAUAGUGAACACCAUGCAUAUACUGGCAGUGAACUCAGUUUCAUCUUUGUUGAACUACCUGGUGGAAAAGAUGAAAUCUACACCUUCUGAUGCAGUAAUACAAGCUUGGAAUACUGAAGUAAAGCAAGACGCAAAAGGCAAAAAGGCUGCAGUAGCGGCCCCACUGUCCGGUGCUCCUGUAGAAGAAGACCCUGUGCCAAUGUUCCUCACAGAGAUUGUGCUUGAUACUCAGUCACUGUAUUUUGAACCUUCACUGGACAGUUUUCAGGAUAGAAUUAUCGAAGUUGUUGAUCAGUUUCAAGAAACUGUUUUGUCACUGGCCAACCUUGUUCCAGAUCCAUAUUUUAAUGCCUUUACCCAGCCCGUUAUUAAUAAUAAGUUGGAGGAGAAGACGUGUGGAGAAGGCCCAAGUCUAAGUUCUAUGUUUGAGGAUGACAAGCAUUUGCAGUCUCUAGUUAACCAAAUUACGGAAACCAUACAGUCUGCAUUUGUUACAGCCAAUGUAUAUGCAUCCACAUUUGAAAGGUUUCGUUUGUUCUUCAAAGAAAAUGAAAGUCUGAAUUUAACAGCAUUAAAGGAAGAAGACCAUGGAGUUGAUUUUUUUGCUGUACAACUGGAGAAAUACCAUAAAGAGCACCAGGAUGCCAUGGCAAUCACACAAAAACGAAAUCUAGGAUUAUUAUUAGUAGAUGCCAAGACAUUAAAGGAGAAGUUAAUUCCCUCACCAAAGAGGUGUUUGGAGGCAAUAUAUGAAAUCCUUCCUAUUCUUGCUAAGAAAAAGUUGGAUGCCAUCAUAGCAGAAGCGCAAGAUGCCCAGUUCAGACUUCAGUUUUUUCCUUCUACCACCUUGGAUUUUGUAAAUACUUUAAUAUUUUUGGACGAGAUUCAAGAACGGAUUGAUGUUCUUGAAGAAGAGUCCAAUAUUGUCUCUCAGAUGUACCAGCUCAUUGACACUUACGGUGUGCCUGCACCUCCCGAAGAUUUUGCAGUGUUUGCUACCCUUAAGACUUCCAUCAUAGCUGUUCGAAAUGCUAUUGACAAGUCUGUAGGCGAGAGAGACAGCAGCAUAGAGAAAUUCUGUCAUUCCUUAGACAAAGACAUUGCUGAACUAAACAAAGAUGUGAAGGAUGUCAGGCAGCAAUCACUGGAUCCACAGAUACUGGAUAUUGGAGCUGAUCAAAGCAAAGUGAAACAAAUAUUGUCUGACUUGCAGAUCAUUCUAGAUGAAUUACAAAAGCGUGCAUUUCAAUACAAAACAUACCAAAAGAAUUUCAAGGUGGAAGUGACAAAGUUUGAUGCGUUAGAAGAAGUAAGUGCAGAAAUAAAACUGAAGCAGCUUUUGUGGGACUCACUAAAUGAUUGGGAUGUUCUGCAAGCCGAGUGGAUGCUGUCCAAAUUUGAAGACUUGGACCCAGAGCAGCUGAAUUCCUUAGUUCUUAAAUAUGCCAAAUUUGUGAGCCAGCUGGAAAAAGGACUUCCACCAAAUAAUGUAGUACCACGUCUCAAAGAAAAGGUGGACAGCAUGAAAGAAAAGGUACCUAUGAUCACAGACUUAAGAAAUCCAUUUUUAAAGCCAAGGCAUUGGGCGGACCUGGAGAAAACAAUUAACGCAACACUGAUAGACGCUGAGCAUCCGCUCUCUCUAGAAAAGCUCUUUGAGAUAGGUAUUUUUGAGUAUGCUCAGGAUAUUCAGGAUAUAUCAGGACAGGCAUCUGGAGAAGCUUCAUUGGAGAAUAUUCUUAAAAAGGUAGAGGAUUCUUGGAAAACCACUGAGUUCAUCACUAUCCCACAUCGGGAGUCUAAAGAUGUUUUCAUUCUUGGUGGAACAGAUGAGAUUCAGGUUCUUCUUGAUGACAGUACUAUAAACAUAUCAACCAUUGCAUCUUCUCGCUACGUUGGACCCAUCAAGCCUCGUGUGGAUGAAUGGCAUAGAAAUCUGGCAUUGUUUAAUCAAACUCUUGAAGAGUGGCUGACUUGUCAAAGGAACUGGCUAUAUUUAGAAAGUAUUUUCAGUGCUCCUGAUAUAAUAAGGCAGCUCCCUGCAGAGGCCAAGAUGUUUCUACAAGUGGACAAAUCCUGGAAGGAAAUCAUGAGGAAAGUAAACCGUCUACCUAAUGCCCUCAGAGCAGCGACUCAACCAGGUCUUCUGGAGUCAUUUCAAAAUAACAAUGCUCUCCUUGAUCAGAUUCAGAAGUGCCUGGAGGCUUACUUGGAAUCCAAGCGCGUUGUCUUUCCAAGAUUUUACUUCCUGUCCAACGAUGAGCUCCUAGAGAUACUAGCCCAGACACGCAACCCUCAGGCAGUCCAGCCUCACCUAAAGAAAUGCUUUGAUUCAAUUGCCCAACUUGUAUUUGCCACUGCAUCAUCGGAUGGGGACCAAGAUAAAGUUUUCACCAAUGAUAUAUUAGCCAUGCUGUCACCUGAAGGAGAGAGGGUGAGCCUGGGAAAAGGACUAAAGGCAAGAGGAAAUGUGGAGGACUGGCUGGGAAAGGUGGAGGAAGCCAUGUUCAGCUCCCUGAGACGUCUCAGCAAGUCUGCCAUUGCUGACUACCAGAAUAAAAGCAGAGUGGAGUGGGUGGUUGCUGGACAUCCUUCUCAGGUGGUCUUAACAAUUUCCCAACUCAUGUGGUGUAGAGAUCUAACGCAUUGCCUUGAAGGAGAGGGCGAGGAAAACAUGAAUUCAGUCGUAGAGUUUGAAAAAGUUAACUUUGAGAGACUGAAUGCUUUAGCGGCACUUGUUCGAGGUCGGCUUCCUGCCUUGCACAGAAACAUAAUAACCGCUCUGAUAACAGUUGAUGUACAUGCGAGGGACAUUGUCAGUGAUCUUGUAAAGGACCAGGUUAGCAGCAUUGACAGCUUUGAAUGGCAGAGACAACUGCGCUACUAUUGGGACCUAGAUCUUGACAACUGUGUGGCCCGGAUGGCUUUGUCUCAGUACACGUAUGCUUAUGAGUACCUUGGUGCUUGCCCUCGACUGGUGAUAACACCUCUAACUGACCGAUGCUAUCUAUGUCUCAUGGGUGCUCUGCAGCUGGAUCUUGGUGGAGCCCCUGCUGGACCUGCAGGCACUGGGAAAACCGAGACCACAAAGGAUCUGGCCAAAGCCCUUGCUAUACAGUGUGUAGUGUUCAACUGUUCUGAUGGGCUGGACUAUAAGAUGAUGGGUCGUUUCUUUAGUGGUUUGGCCCAGUCUGGAGCCUGGUGUUGUUUUGAUGAGUUUAAUCGAAUUGACAUUGAAGUUCUUUCUGUAAUAGCCCAGCAGCUGAUCACAAUAAGGAAUGCCAAAGCUGCAAAGCUCUCCAGGUUUAUGUUUGAAGGCCGGGAAAUCAAGCUGGUUAUGACGUGUGCAGCGUUUAUCACAAUGAAUCCAGGCUAUGCUGGCAGAACUGAGCUGCCAGAUAACCUCAAGGCUCUCUUCAGACCUUUCUCAAUGAUGGUGCCAAACUAUGCAUUAAUCGCCGAGGUGGUCUUGUAUUCUGAAGGCUUUGAGUCCAGUAAAGUUCUGGCCCGUAAGAUGACACAAAUGUAUAAACUUUGCAGUGAGCAGUUAUCACAACAAGAUCACUACGAUUUCGGAAUGAGAGCUGUAAAAUCUGUCUUAGUCAUGGCUGGCUCACUGAAAAGAGAGAACCCAGAUUUAAAUGAGGAUGUAGUACUAAUUCGUGCUCUACGGGACUCAAACUUGCCAAAAUUCUUAACAGAUGAUGCUGAUCUAUUCAGUGGCAUUAUAUCUGACCUCUUUCCAGGAGUUGCCAUCCCGGAACAUGAUUAUGGCACUUUGGAAUCCACCAUCAAAAGUGUAAUGCUAACUCGGGGUCUUCAGCCUCUGUCCAGUAUGGUUCACAAAGUUAUACAGUUCUUUGAAACAAUGAUUGUGAGGCAUGGCGUCAUGUUAGUUGGGCCAACAGGAGGUGGGAAAACUACAGUGUACCAGAUUCUGGCGGACACACUGACAGCCUUGUUUAAUGCUGGUGAAACACAUCACUUUUACCAACCUGUUAAAACAUAUGUUUUGAACCCAAAAUCAAUUACAAUGGGUGAAUUAUAUGGAGAAGUGAACAAUUUAACCUUUGAAUGGAAGGAUGGAUUAAUGGCGCUGAGUGUCAGAGCAGCUGUAAAUGACACCUCAAAAGAUCACAAGUGGAUAAUCUGUGAUGGCCCGGUUGAUGCGCUGUGGAUAGAAAACAUGAACACUGUCCUGGAUGAUAAUAAGAUGCUCUGCUUGGCAAACAGCGAGAGGAUCAAAUUCACACCCCAAAUCCAUAUGGUGUUUGAGGUUCAGGAUUUAAAAGUUGCAUCUCCAGCUACAGUAAGUCGAUGCGGAAUGGUUUAUAUUGAUCCAGAAGAACUUAAGUGGAUGCCAUAUGUACAAACCUGGAUAGCUGGGCUCCUUUCUAAAAUGAAUAAUGAAACAGUGCAAUACAUUCUGAAUUUGUUUGAACGAUACGUUGAAGAUGGCUUAAGGUUUGUAACCAGAAAAUGCACUCAAGCCAUUUCUCAAGUGGAUAUCAGUAAAGUAACUACACUGUGCUGUCUGCUUGAAUCCCUGCUGCUCGGGAAAGGAGGACCAGACUUAAAAAUGGAUCAAUCAAGACUAAAUAGCCUCGUCUGUCAGACUUUCGUCUUCUGCUAUGUCUGGUCAUUGGGGGGAAAUCUCACAGAAAAUCAUUGGGAUGCUUUUGAUACAUUUGUCAGGCAGCAAUUUGAAGAUAAUCCUGAAGCCAAGCUCCCUACCUCUGGUGACCUAUGGAGUGUUUAUAUGGAUUAUGACACCAAACGACUGGAUCCCUGGGAGAGAAUAAUCCCCUCUUUCAAGUACAGCAGCAAUGUGCCAUUUUUUGAAAUGCUAGUUCCUACAACUGACACCGUGCGCUAUGGCUAUCUAAUGGAAAAGCUGCUAGCUGUACGGCACUCAGUGCUAUUUACUGGUAUCACAGGGGUUGGCAAGUCUGUUGUAGCUCGAGGAUUGCUGAACAGAAUACAAGAAGAAGCAGGAUACGUACCUGUCUAUCUAAACUUCUCGGCCCAGACUUCCUCUGCUCGGACACAGGAAAUCAUUGAGUCAAAGCUGGAAAAGAAGAGAAAAACCAUUCUUGGUGCUCCUGGCAACAAAAGAGUAAUCAUAUUUGUGGAUGAUUUAAAUAUGCCAAAACUAGAUCGAUAUGGUUCUCAACCCCCCAUUGAAUUACUACGCCAGUAUCAAGAUUUUAAAGGGUUUUAUGACAGAGAAAAGUUGUAUUGGAAAGAAAUCCAGGAUGUAACUAUUGCAGCUGCUUGUGCUCCUCCAGGUGGGGGUCGCAAUCCAGUAACGCCACGGUUUAUAAGGCACUUCAGCAUGCUGUGCCUGCCAACACCCUCUGAGCAAAGCCUUAAACAGAUUUUUCAGGCAAUCCUGAAUGGCUUUUUGACAGAUUUUCCUCAGGCAGUAAAGCAAAGUGCAACAAACAUUGUAGAUGCUGCAGUGGAAAUUUACCAUCGAAUGAGCAUUGAUCUUCUCCCAACUCCAGCAAAAUCCCAUUAUGUAUUUAAUUUACGUGAUUUGUCAAAAUGUGUUCAAGGUAUACUUCAGUGUGAUCCGGGAUCUGUACGAGAUCAGAAUCAGAUUUUCAGACUGUUUUGUCAUGAAUGUCAAAGAGUUUUUCAUGAUCGCCUUAUCAGCAGUGAAGACAAGCAGUAUUUUCAUGCAAUGCUGUCCGAGAUGGCCAGUAAACAUUUUGGUGUUCAGAUUGAUCCAGGAUACUUUGUUACAAAGCCAAUUAUUUUUGGCGAUUUCAUUAAGGUUGGAGCUGACAAGGCUGACAAGGUUUAUGAGGACCUGAUUGAUAUGGAGAAGAUUAGAUCAGUAUUGCAGGACUAUCUAGAUGACUACAAUCUGACCAAUGCUAAAGAUGUCAAGUUGGUUUUUUUCCAGGAUGCAAUAGAGCAUGUCUCCAGGAUUGCUCGAAUGAUUCGUCAGGAAAGAGGAAAUGCUCUUCUGGUCGGUGUUGGUGGAACAGGCAAACAGUCCCUCACCAGACUUGCUGCUCAUAUCUGUGGUUACAAGUGUUUCCAAAUAGAGCUUAGCCGAGGGUACAAUUAUGACACUUUCCAUGAAGAUCUAAGGAAACUAUACAAAAUGGCAGGGGUGGAAGAUAAGGACAUGGUUUUUCUCUUUACUGACACACAGAUUGUUGUGGAGGAGUUCUUGGAAGACAUCAAUAACAUGCUCAAUUCUGGGGAGGUUCCUAACUUAUUUGAGAAGGAUGAGUUGGAGUUUGUAUUGGCAGCGACUAGACCAAAGGCCAAAGAAGCUGGCAUUCAGGAAGGAAACCGGGAUGAGGUGUUUCAGUAUUUUAUCAACCGAGUGCGUCAGAAACUGCACAUUGUGUUGUGUAUGAGUCCAGUUGGGGAGGCCUUCAGAGCACGAUGUCGUAUGUUUCCAUCACUUGUCAACUGUUGCACCAUUGAUUGGUUUGUGCAGUGGCCGAGAGAAGCACUGCUGUCUGUCUCCCAAACGUUCUUCACCAAUGUUGACCUUGGCAGUGAAGAGAUGAAGGAGAAGUUUUCUGAAAUGUGUGUGGAGAUUCACAUGAGUGUCACUGAGAUGGCUGAGCGCUACUAUGCAGAACUGAGGAGACGGUACUACACUACUCCCACCUCAUAUUUAGAGUUAAUAAACCUUUAUCUGUCCAUGUUAGGUGACAAAAGGAAACAGCUGAUUUCGGCCCGUGACCGUGUAAAGAAUGGGUUAAGUAAGCUGUUGGAGACAAACAUCCUUGUUGAUAAAAUGAAAGUAGAGCUGUCUGCUUUAGAGCCAGUGCUUAAACAAAAGUCUGUAGAUGUGGAUGCCUUAAUGGAGAAAUUGUCAGUAGAUCAGGAAAAUGCAGACCAGGUGCGGAGCAUUGUAAAAGAAGAUGAGGCGAUUGCCAAAGUCAAAGCCGAAGAGACUCAGGCAAUCGCUGAUGAUGCCCAGAGAGACCUUGAUGAGGCAAUGCCUGCUCUAGAAGCUGCAAAUAAAGCUUUAGACUCUUUGGAUAAAGCAGAUAUAUCUGAAAUCCGAGUGUUCACUAAACCACCAGAUUUGGUCGUGACAGUUAUGGAGGCCAUAAGCAUUCUACUAAAUGCAAAGCCGGAUUGGACAGCAGCAAAACAACUUCUGGGAGAUACCAAUUUUCUCAAAAGACUUCUGGAAUAUGACAAAGAAAACAUAAAACCUCAAAUUUUGCUGAAACUUCAGAAAUACAUUAAUAACCCUGAUUUUGUACCAGAAAAGGUGGAAAAGGUGUCCAAAGCAUGCCGAUCUAUGUGUAUGUGGGCCAGAGCCAUGGAUCUUUAUUCUAGAGUGCUAAAAGAAGUUGAACCAAAAAAACAAAAGCUGGCAGCCGCACAGGCUGAGCUUGAUGCUACUAUGAUCACUCUGCGAGAGAAGCAAAGGAAAUUAAAAGAUGUUGAAGAACAAAUUAAUAAGCUGCAGGAUCAAUUUGAUAAAAGCUUUGGGGAAAAAGAAAGUCUUUCGAGAACCAUGGCGCUUACACAAGCACGACUCAAUCGGGCAGGUAAACUAACAGCAGCGCUAGGAGAUGAACAGGUCCGAUGGAAAGAAAGCAUUGAAAGUUUUGAGGAAGAGAUCUCAAAUGUUAUAGGAAAUGUUUUUAUUGCUGCUGCCUGUGUCGCCUAUUUUGGUGCUUUUACAGCAGUUUAUAGACAGUUAUUAAUAGACCGUUGGAUUAAAACAUGUCAAAAUCUUGAGAUUCCUAUAAGCCCAAAUUUCAGCCUGAUAAAUAUUUUGGGUGAUGCCUAUGAAAUUCGCCAGUGGAAUUCGGAUGGUUUGCCAAGAGAUCUUGUUUCCACUGAAAAUGGCAUUCUAGUCACACGUGGAAGACGCUGGCCACUGAUGAUUGACCCACAAGAUCAGGCCAACCGUUGGAUCAGAAACAAAGAGACCAAGAAUGGCUUAAAAGUCAUCAAGCUGACAGACUCUGGCUUCCUCCGUACCCUGGAGAAUGCUAUAAGACUCGGCCUGCCUGUUUUGUUAGAAGAGCUGAAAGAAAGUUUGGAUCCUGCUCUGGAGCCAGUUCUUCUGAAGCAGACCUUUGUGUCAGGCGGAAGAAUGCUAAUUCGCCUCGGAGACUCUGACAUUGAUUAUGACAAGAAUUUUAGGUUCUAUAUGACAACGAAAAUGCCAAAUCCACAUUAUCUUCCCGAGGUGUGCAUCAAAGUUACCGUAAUUAAUUUCACUGUGACCAGAUCUGGCCUUGAGGAUCAACUGCUCAGUGAUGUUGUACGAAUCGAGAGACCAGAUCUAGAGGAGCAGAGAAACCAGCUUAUUGUCAAAAUAAACUCUGACAAGAAUCAACUAAAAGCAAUAGAAGAUCGUAUCUUAAAGCUGCUGUUUACAUCAGAAGGAAAUAUCCUGGAUAAUGAAGAACUCAUCAAUACACUUCAGGAAUCAAAGAUAACUUCAGGUGCUAUCAAAACUAGAUUGCAAGAAGCGGAAGCCACAGAACAAAAGAUAAACACAGCACGUGAAAAGUACAGAACGGUCGCCACACAGGGAUCCGUCAUCUACUUUGUCAUUGCCAGCCUCUCAGAAAUAGAUCCAAUGUAUCAGUUCUCACUUAAGUACUUUAAACAAUUAUUUAAUAUGACCAUUGAGACUGCGCAAAAGAGUGCUGAGCUUGACAUUCGCCUGGCAACCCUACUUAAACAGACUCUCUUCUCCGCUUACACCAAUGUUUCACGAGGCCUCUUUGAGCAGCACAAGCUUAUCUAUAGUUUUAUGCUCUGCAUAGAGAUCAUGCAACAGAAGGGAGAAAUCACUGAGUCAGAAUGGAAUUUCUUCCUCCGAGGGGCUGCAGGAUUAGAUAAGGAGCGUCCAAGUAAACCGGACGUGCCCUGGCUUUCUGACAUACUCUGGUAUAGUUGUUGUGACCUAGAAGAGGUGCUUCCAUGUUUCAAAGGAAUAAAAGUAGAUAUAUUAUCUGCACCUGUUGUCAUCCAUUUAGGGUCCCUUGAAAUUCAGAUUAAUCCCAGUUCGUGGGACGGCUAUAACACACAGACCUCCAGUAAGCAAUCUGGGAAAGAAAAUGAAAUGGUGCCUGGAUCAUGGGAUGAGAUGCUUAACUUAUUUCAGAAGCUGAUACUGAUUAAAAGUGUAGCCGAAGAAAAGGUCGUUUUCGCUAUCACAGAAUUUGUGAUUAAUAAUCUGGGGAAGAAAUUCAUUGAGAACCCUCCCGUUGAUCUUGCUACCCUCUACCAAGACAUGUCACCCACUACGCCUUUAGUUUUUAUACUAAGCACGGGAUCAGACCCAAUGGGAGCAUUUCAAAGAUUUGCCAAAGAAAAAGGAUACUUAGAACGGGUACAGUCAAUUUCUCUUGGUCAAGGACAGGGGCCAAUCGCAGAAAGUAUGGUAAAGGACGCCAUGAAGAGCGGGAAUUGGAUUUUUCUACAGAAUUGCCAUCUAGCUGUGUCAUGGAUGUUGCCAAUGGAAGAACUUAUCAAAAGUUUUACUGAACCAAAUGUUUCCAUGAACGAGAACUUCAGGCUGUUUUUAAGCUCUAUGCCAAGCAGAACUUUCCCUGUCACUGUUCUUCAGAAUUCUGUAAAGGUUACUAAUGAACCUCCAAAAGGUCUCCGAGCUAAUAUCCGCCGUGCCUUCACGGAAAUUACACCCACGUUCUUUGAAGAACAUUUGCUUGGCAGGAAAUGGAGGAAGGUUAUUUUUGGAAUUUGCUUUUUUCACGCCAUUAUUCAGGAGAGGAAAAAGUUUGGACCUCUUGGAUGGAACAUCUGCUAUGAAUUCACUGACAGUGACAGAGAGUGUGCAUUGCUUAAUCUAAACCUGUACUGCCAGGAAGGGAGGAUACCAUGGGAUGCACUUACCUAUAUAACAGGGGAUAUAACAUAUGGAGGUAGAGUAACUGAUGCAUGGGACCAGAGAUGUUUGAGAACAAUUCUAAGAAGAUUCUUUUCCCCAGAGACCCUUGAAGACAACUACCUUUAUUCUAGCUCAGGUAUAUAUUUCAGUCCAGAUGCUGACAGUCUGCAGUGUUACAAGGAGUACAUAGAAAAUCUGCCUUUGACUGAUGAUCCGGAAAUAUUUGGAAUGCAUGAAAAUGCCAAUUUAGCUUUCCAGCGCAAGGAAACAAGCACUUUAAUCAAUACCAUAUUGGAUGUGCAGCCAAGGUCUACAGCACAGGGAGGAGGAAAAAGCAAUGAUGAAAUCGUGAGCGAAUUGGCUGCCUCAAUCCUGUCAAAGCUACCAGGAAAAUUGGAUAUGGAGGCUGCAUCAGAAAUGCUGUUUACCAAAGACGCUAAAGGACGUGUUAGUUCGCUGACAACUGUACUUGGACAGGAAGUGGACAGAUUUAAUAAUCUUCUCAAAGUACUUAAGAACUCUCUAGAGACACUUAAUAAGGCUAUUGCUGGUUUUGUGGUCAUGUCUGAGGAAAUGGAAAGAAUAUACAAAAGCUUCCUGAACAAUCAGGUUCCCACAUUGUGGGCUGAUGCUGCCUAUCCGUCUCUCAAACCCUUGGGAUCAUGGGUUAAAGAUCUGCUACUGAGGACAUCAUUUAUAGAUGCAUGGAUUCGGAUGGGUCAGCCAAAGUCGUUCUGGAUUUCUGGUUUAUUUUUUCCUCAGGGUUUUCUCACAGGUACACUGCAGAACCAUGCUCGGAAAUAUAACUUGCCAAUAGACGAACUUAGCUUCCAUUACAACAUCCUACCACAUUAUCGAGAUCAAGCAGCAGUCAUUGAGGCAAUGAAAACCAUGAAGUUUGGGGAAGAAUUAUCUAUGGACAAACUGCUACCAUCUCCUGAGGAUGGUGUAUUGGUGCAUGGGAUGUACAUGGAUGCCAGUCGCUGGGAUGAUGAAAAUAUGGUGAUUGAGGAUGCAUUGCCGAGGGAAAUGAAUCCAGUGUUGCCUGUAGUACACUUUGAGCCCCGCCAGAACUAUCAUCCCACUCUCAGUUUAUAUCAAGCACCACUUUAUAAGACUGGAGCCAGGGCAGGGACACUUUCCACAACAGGCCAUUCCACUAACUUUGUGGUUACAGUACUUUUACCAUCGAAAAGACCCAGUGACUAUUGGAUAUCAAAGGGCUCAGCACUUCUCUGCCAAUUAAAUGAGUAACUUCAAGACAUGAGAAAGUGCCAGUUUACCAAUGUUAGAUGCCAAAUUAAUAUAUAUAAAUGUUUUAUUUUCGCUCCAACUGAUUUAUAACAUAAUAUAUUUGUUUUAAAUAUAUAAUUAAACAUCAAUAA